AUGGCGACCUCGCUUGCCGCGCAGCUGGCGCAAGUGGCAGCAAAUUCCAAGUCGACUCUAAACCUCAAGGCUCAGAGAGCAGCGCACUCCAAAUCGCUGAUUUGGGAGCCCAAAGUUGCUGCUACUCAAAGUCUUCAAACCCUUUACGCGACUUGUUUCCAAGGUUUCGAAGACCUUUGCCAAUUAGAUGCCAGAUUUGUGCCCUUCCAGGCUACGCUAUUUAGCGAGGAAAGCCAGGAUCAAGACCGAACUCAACUCACAUCCUCUGAAAAUGCUGAGCUUAACCGCCAAAUUGAAAGCUUCCUGCGUCUGGUUGGCGGCCGCCUCCGCCUGACGCCAGCGAUCAAGGCCGUCGAAUGGCUUAUUAGACGAUUCAGAAUCCACGAGGAAAACACCGUCCCAUUGGUUCUCGCAUUCCUACCUUAUCAUUCUGUCCCCGCAUUCACCACGCUGCUUUCAAUACUCCCACAUAGAGUCCCACAGGCACUACGAUUUCUCGAUCCAUACAUUCGGUCUCUCACAGCGCCGCCAAGAUCUAUAAUCGUGCAUCAAGCCAUCAACCACCCCGAGUUCCUGUCGCUGGUUUCUGAGUAUACCCUCGAGUCAUGCCGAAAUCAAUAUCAUCACCCUGCACAGAUCACGUUCUGGGCUGGUUUAAUGACUGAGUCUGUUAAUGGCCUGCUUGAUAAGACGAAAUCUGGACGCGCCACAGUCCAGGCAGAAAAUAUACAAGCCUUGCUGCACAGACUCGGACCAAUCUUUUCUGAGUCGCUCAUGAUGAAGACUGUCCCCAGUCUCCAGAUUGCGUCAUACAUGGCUAUGGCUGUGUUUGUCUCUAAAGGAAGCCUUGAAGAUGCCGCUGUCACUGCCUUCAUGCAGCAGACCGUGCUUGGCUGGUCCUUUGAGACCAUACGACCUGGCCUUGUCUGCCUGACCAUCAUGGCCCAGUUCAGGUCCGCCAAGCAGAUGAACAGCAAGGUCACCAAGGCUCUGAUGAAGGUUCCAGAUAUCGGCCUUCUUCUUGUUGAAAUUGGCAAAGAGCGACGUGUUGAUAAGCUUGCCAACGGCCUCUGCCUGGCACUCAUCGAGCGACUUACAAAAAAGGGCGAUUCCAGUGGGCUCGCAUCCAUUAUGUCUGUUCUAAGCGGCGAAAUCCUAAAAGAAAAACAAACUGCUGUUAUCUUUAAAUCGCUUCUUCUAACAGCUCUAAAGCUCGACAAUGAAAACGACAAGGACGGGUCCCUUAGAAGGGAACUCGGCUCUGUGUUGAUUGCACUCUCGCAAGUUUCUGGCAAGGUUGGCGACAUUGUCCAGUCCGCCAUACAAGAGGUAGAAUUCGAUAUCGAGGAGCUUGAACUGAAGCUUGACCUAUCAUUCCGAUCUCGCCGGAUCCCUGAGGCUUCCAGCGACAGCACCAUUGCGAAGGUUGCCGUCUCACCCGAAACCCGAGUUGAUAUUGAAAAGGCACUUGGCCGUCUGAACUCACGCACUGAAGCCCUAUCGAUAUGUCUUGUGCCUCAGCCAAGUGAGAUCUUUGACGAAUUCAGCCACCUUUUCUUCUCCAUUGUUUCCGAACGCUCGAACGAUGUGGAGCUGCUUUCUCGCUUUGAGGAGAGCCCCAAACUUUGCCGACCGACGGCUUUGAAGGACUGCACUUUCUACAGCUUCUUCAUACAUAUUUGGUCGGGCCCGUAUCCCGCCCUCGCCAGGAUGGCAGCCCUCGACAUGGUGAAGAAGAAUGUGAAAGUCAGUGAGGAUCUUACAGUUGACUUGCAGAACCUGGUCCCAUACUGUGUCAUUGCGCUCUCUGAUCCCUCGAAAAGGGUACGGCGCUCUGCCGCAGACCUCCUCGUUGUUAUCUCCAGCCGAUACACAGCAACGCCCAGCUUCAAGUCAGUCUGGGGCGCUGGCACGCUGUACGGUAGCGCGCAGGAUAGCAAACCUCUUACAUGUGAAAUUAUCAGACGUCUACUACACCUUCAGCUGUUGCCAACUGUUGAGGAAUGCGUGAUGGAUCCCAACCACAUUGCCGUCGUGAUCAAGGCCACCAUCGAGCAGGGCACAUAUCAGACCAAACCUGAUCCUUCUCUGGACAAAAAAGACCACAUGUCCUCCUCUGGCAGACUUGCUCUACUGGUGUUUUUCUCUGAGCAUGCCGUCAAAACUCCCAUACUCCUUGUGAAGGAAAGGCUGUUGGGUGGAUUGAAUGAGGUGAAGGGCGUGAGUGGUACAUCACGGACGAAAUCAUUGCUACCGGCUCUGAGGUGGUGGGCCGCCCUCAGCGACACGGAAAUCGAGGCCAUGUGCCGUUCUGAGCACAUUGAGACGGCGGAGGCCUAUACAAGAUUUGUGGAAAUUGUCGUCCCCAAUGACGCGACAGGCCUUGAGUUUUUCAUAGAAACUUUGACUAGUCCUGAUACAAGUGAAAAGCCUGAUCUUGUCCAGGCUAUCUUUGCCCGGAUCAGGAAAAUAUGGCCGCUUAUGAAGGCAGAUUCGAAGCUUGCUGUUGCACAGCAAUUCCUGGCGCUCUCCCAGGAGACAGGCGAUGACGAUGCGUCUCCUAUCGUGGCGACAGAGGCCUCAGACCUCCUCAGGACUGUUCCUCUCACCACUGAUAUCCUGUCGAUAUUCUUGAACUCCAUUCAGACUGGUACCAAGAUGAUCACAGAGCCCCCGCCAGAGAAGAGACGCCGCAGGUGCUCCACUGAUGUCAAUCGUGAGCUUAUUACGCAACUGACUCCAGAUCUGAGCAAAGCUCUGCGCAAGAUCACUUUUGUGUUGCAGCUGGUGGACAACUCUGAUCCUGUGACUCAUCCCGAGCUUCUCGAUGGGCUGUUUACAGCCCUUGCUGAGCUUCAACACUUGAGAACCGUUGUGGGCUCAGAACUUGGCUACCUGCAGAACCUGAUCCUUCGCAGCCUCUUGGCAAUGAUGCCUGCUUACAAAGCGAAUGAAGAUUUAGACAUUGACAGCUCUGGUGGCUAUGGCGACUUGCUUGUUAACUGCAUCCAAAAGUCUUCUAGCCCUGUUGUCCAAAAUGCCGCCCUUCUCCUCGUUGCCAACCUUGCAACAACUGCCCCUAACCUGGUUUUGCACAGUGUCAUGCCCAUCUUCACGUUCAUGGGCACAUCGGUUCUGCGGCAAAAUGACGACUACUCUGCUCACGUCGUUUCUCAAACCAUCAAGGAGGUCGUUCCGCCCCUAAUCGCCAGCUUGCGGAAGGGAAAAAAGAGCCCUCUUGCAGGGGCAUCUGAUAUUCUAGUCAGCUUUACGACUGCGUAUGAGCACAUACCAUCCCACCGAAGACCAGCCCUGUUCCUUGCUCUCGUGGAGACCCUUGGCCCCAAAGACUUCCUGUUCGCUCUGAUCGGCAUGCUAGUGAACCGCUACGACGCAAGCGAUGAUUUGGUGCAGUUCAGCGCCGAGCUUCUUGAUAACUUCAGCAUCGACAUUCAGCUUGACACAUUGUUAAAACUCCUUAGUCUUACCAGCGACCUCUUCAAGCCUAAGCCGGGGCUUUCCGCCACCCUUCUAGGGUUCGGCGAAGACGGCGAGAUUAAAGACCCCAGCAAGGUCGCACUUCGCCAAUUGAACGCCUACCCUACUCUCCUAUCAAGCAAAGCACUCGUAUCGCAGAUUGCCAAGCUUGAAGACCGCGAUGAUAUGGAAGCGGCAGAGAUUCGCUCUAAUUAUGCGACAUUGUUGGAAAAUAUCCUGUUGUUGUCUGAUACUAUCAAGGCAAACAAAGCUCUCCGCGCGUGCUGUGGAGUGACGCUCGCCAACCUACUCAACCUGCUCUCUAUUGGCGAAUUCAUCAAGGCUGUCGAAAAUCUCUUAGAUCGGCCCGACUUGACGCUGCGACACAAGGUGCUCAAAGCUCUCGAGGCUCGCGUUGAGUCCGAGAAAAACACCGACGCUGAUGCAAGAAUUGCGCUUUUGACGUUUUUGCCUCAGCUCACUGCCGCAAUUCGCGAGUCCGAAGACAUCCGCUACAAGCAUACUGCCGUUACUUGUGUGGACAAGAUUGCAGAAAAGUAUGGCAAGAAGGAUAUUGAGGCCGUCGUUGCGGCUGCAUCCACGAUUGCUGGAGAGCACUGUCUGGGACAGAGUGAGAAGCUUCUGCGCACUAUGGCGCUACUUUGCCUGACUUCCUUGGUGGAUGUAUUGCAAGAUGCCAUCGUGCCGGUUCUGCCGCUGGCCGUGCCGAGGGCUAUUUCCUACCUGGAGCAGAGCCUGGAAGUUGCCCCAGUAGAUGAAGAGUUGCAUUCGGCAGGCUACGGUUUCCUAGCGUCGCUUGCAGAACACCUCCCUUAUAUGCUUUCCACGUACAUGGACGACAUUCUACGCGUGUCAAAUGCGUCGGCUACUGCUGAUCUGACGGCUGAAACCAAUGGGAAUCGCGUACUUUGUCUCGAGGUUCUCGCCAAAAAGAUGGAUGCCAAGGAGAUGCUCACAGGAUUAGAUCGCAAUUGGGAAACUGCCCUGUCGGCGGGUCCUUUGGUGAGUAAUAUCUCACAAUCAAUCGAGAAACGUGGGGCAUUUACUAAUAGGGCGACGCGUCAGGCUUUAACUGAAAUCAUUAACAUCAUUGGCUUGACGAUUGACAGCCACUCAAAGGGCAUUGUUUCUAAGAACUCGGGUAUCCUGUCUGGCAUCUUCCUGAAAGCCUUCGACCUGCGACGACGCAUCCUUUUGGCCGAUAAUGCUGGAGAGAAGGUGCUACGGCAAAUCUCGGAGCUGGAAGCUGCAGCGUAUGAAAGGAUGCUGAAGAUGAUUUUCAAGCUGAACGACGCUGCAUUCCGCCCCGUUUUCGAAAAGAUUGUCGAGUGGCCUGGGUCCAAAAUUCCGAAGUCGGACAGCACCGGUCUCGCAUUGCAGCAGCUUGCCGUUUACGGGUUCCUGCAAGCCUUCUUUGACAACCUAAAAUCAAUUGUGACGAACUACGCUACGUAUGUGUUGGACGAUGCGGUCAAGAUUCUCGGCAAGAUCCAGCCACAUGUGAAUGGUGAAAGCCGAGACUUGUGGAAACGCGUACUUGGCACGCUGAGCAAGUGCUUCGAGCACGACCAGGAUGACUUUUGGCAGGCACCAGCACACUUUGGGGCGAUUGCGCCGGUGCUGCUGCAGCAGUUCCUGGUGGCCCCGCAGAUCGACGUUGCGGCAGAUUUGAUCCCGGCGACGGUCGAGUUGGCUGCCGCGGCUGAUUCGCAGACGCAUCAGAAGGAACUCAACUCGGCCCUGCUGCAGCACCUGCGCUCCGAGCAGGCGGCUGUCCGACUAGCAGCCGUCAAGUGCGAGCAGGCUCUGACGGACAAGCUGGGCGAAGAGUGGCUGGCGAUGCUGCACGAGAUGCUUCCGAGGAUCAGCGAGCUGCAGGAGGAUGAUGAUGAAGUUGUAGAGAGGGAGACUCAUAGAUGGAUUGUCAAGAUUGAGGAAGUUCUCGGCGAGAGCCUGGACGCCAUGCUACAGUAA